CCACAAGAGCAGACCAUCGCCGAUGACUUGGUCGUCACCAAGUACAAAAUGGGGGGCCGAGAUUGCCAACCGUAAGUGAAUAUGAACAUGUUGAUUUAGUAGAAGAUUGAAGAGUUGAAACGUGACCGAGUCCAGAUUGUAGCUAAACUGGCUAAUAUGCUAACGCUAGCUAAGCUAUCACAAUGCAGACAUGUGCUGUGUUGCUAGCUAGCGAUAAAUCAAUGACACUGUCUCCUCGGGGCUAGCAUUUGGCCCGUGUCGUAGAGAUAUCGUAGCCAUGAGUUAGUGUAUUAUUGCUAGCUAAUAGUAAAGUUAGUCUAUACAUGCACUUAUGUAACUGCUAGUUAGCUAAAGUGGAUAAAUUCUAGUGGCUAAAUGAUGGUGGCUAACUGGACAUGCUGCUAAUGAGCUAACUAGCUAAGAUCCAAUGCACUGCCUGGAAAGUUGUCACUGCUGUUAAAACUAACUGGUUAACAAACUACCUUCCGAAUAAGUUAUGAUUCCAGUUACAUUUAGCUAGCAACUAUUUGUUAAGUUUAGUCAGUUAAUUACCAGAGUCACUUCAACUAGCGCAUUAGCUAACUACGUAGUAGAGCUGUUAAACGCAAAGCAAAGAGGUAGUUUUUUUCUAGCGCUCAGCUCUUGCAUGCUGUCAAUCAUCCUGAACUGUCACCUGCAGCAAGUGAAUCGUUUACUCAAUAAAUCUAUGGUGCUCAAUGUAUAUGUAACAGUCUUGCGUCAGGCCCGCUCCUCACCCCAACCUGGGCUUGAACUAGGGACCCUCUGCACACAAAGUAACCAUGAAGCAUCGUUACCUAUCGCGCCACAAAAGCUGCGGCCCUUGCAGAGCAAGGGAAACGACGACUUCAAGGUCUCAGAGCGAGUGACGUCCCCGCGCAAUGCUGACUAUCUAGCCAUUUCACAACGUUUACAGAUAGGCACAAUGACCAUCAGCAUCUGUCAAUUCAGUGACAAUGCAUUGCCUCAGACCUGCAACGCGUAAAACAACUAUAGCCAGCAACUAUGCUAUAACGUUACUCCCUGUGCAUCAAAAUGGAAGACCUGGAAGUGUGUUCCUUGGAAUCUAUGUAAAUCUAGAUGAUCCCACAUAAUAAUCAUGUAAUUUGCUUCAAUGACAAGAAUCAGAUAUUUGCCCCAUGGAAUGCUUCGUAAACAACAGGUGUAGACUACUAACAGAAUACCAGUGAAAUGCUAUUCGACGAGCAGAUCUAAAAGUGUGAAUAUCCACGGCCUUGCCUUAUCAAGGUCUCCAUUAGUCAUCUUCCCUGAUCCUAAUACUUGAAGCUUACUUACUUAACCUCUGUUCUGUCCUCCUGUGUCUUUUCCUAUUCAGAGGCCCUGAAGGCUGUGGUGGAGGCAGCCAAGGCUGGGGAGACAGUUGUCAGCCUCUGUGCAAAGGGAGAUGCCUUCAUCAUGGCUGAAACUGGAAAGGUCUUCAGGAAGGAGAAGGACCUGAAAAAAGGUAUGGGCCUCAUCUCAUUGGUUAACUCACUUAUUUGCGUUGUCAUCAUGACAUAGUGAAAUCAAGUAGCUUUUAUAGAGUUUUGUAGUUUACUUUUUUGACUGAAGGAAAGUUGUGUUAAAUCUCAAGUCUUAUCAUCGCUUACUCAUAUCCUUUCUCCUUACCACCUCAAAACAUCUGAGGGAAGUGAGGAGAGAGGAGACAAGGAAAACACUUGAUAUUCUCUUGUUGUGCAUGAAAAAUAACUUACUGACAUUAUUCAAUGUAACUAAAUGUCUGUACUUAUUGCCUCCCUCAGGCAUUGCUUUCCCAACCAGCGUGUCUGUCAACAACUGCGUGUGCCACUUCUCUCCCCUGAAGAGUGACCCUGAGAUUGUACUGAAGGACGGGGACCUCAUCAAAAUGUAGGAACAUUGUAUUGUAUUGGAACGUUGAACAUUGUUUUUCGCUCUCCCUGUAUGGACCUUCAUGUGUUGUCUGAUUUUUGGCUGUGCAGUGACCUGGGGGUGCACGUCGAUGGCUUCAUCUCAAACCUGGCUCACAGCUUUGUGGUUGGAGUGACCAAGGUAGUAGACCUUAAUUGUUGUUUGCAGUGACAUUAGCAAGAGUGCUGAUGAUGUUGAUAAUAUGUUCUGUGUCAUACAGAAUGCCAGCAUUACGGAUAUUCACAGAGACAGACGUACAGCACAUCAAACAUUACAUGCAUAGUGCAUCAGUCACGUAAUGUUAGAAAGAGGAUUCACGUAGACAACCAUCCAGUGCAGUAAAACACAGCUACAUAACGUUAGAUGGUUGUAUUUUUCCUGUGUAAUCAGCUGCUAUGUUGCUUCACCUUCUCGUCCUGUUUUCUCUUCAUCAGGAGGCUCCGUUGACGGGGCGUAAAGCUGACGUGAUUAAAGCGGCACAUCUGUGUGCCGAGGCUGCCCUCAGACUGGUCAAGCCUGGAAACCAGGUGAGGUGCUGAGUUAGCGCUUUACUGAGUGGACAGUCGUGGACUAGCCUGGUCCCAGAUCUGGUUGUGCUUUAUAGCCAACUCCUAUGGUUAAGUUGGCUAUAUAGCACAAACAGAGCGGGGACCAGGCUAGUCAGGGACACAGUGACCAGUUAGAAAAAAGCUUAACAAACGAAUAAAGUUGGUAUCAUUGUAACGGUACAGUAUUUCCAUCAAUGGAUUUAUAGCGGUUUAACAUUUAGGAUGUUUGUCUUUCGUUCAGAACUCACAGGUCACAGAAGCCUGGAAUAAGAUCGCCAAGUCAUUCAAAUGCUCAGCCAUAGAGGGGUGAGUCACUCCUUGUCAUUUAACCUAGUUGGCACCUCACUGCCAUAUUCAUACACAAUACAUUCAAUCCCUUACAUCUUGUACCGGUAGCUUGCCAAAUCACAUACCUUGACUUUAUUCCAAUGUAACACUCUCUCCUCAGGCAUGCUGUCCCAUCAGUUGAAGCAGCAUGUUAUUGACGGAGAGAAAACCAUAAUUCAGAACCCCACGGACCAGCAGAGGUGAAUGGAAGACAUGAUUAGUCCCAGACCUCUGGCUUGUUUAGUGUUACUUAUCCGAUGCAGAUCUCAGUUAUUGUUUCUCGUGUCUUUGUGUGUCUGAAGCACCCAAUGAAUUACUAAUAGUAAUUGCUCUUAGGGUACAAAUAAAGUUGUAUUGAAUUAUUAAUGGCCUUGUUGCUCUCUCUCUGUGUAGGAAGGACCACGAGAAGGCUGAGUUCGAGGUGCAUGAGGUGUACGCCGUGGAUGUGCUCAUCAGCACCGGAGAAGGCAAGGUGAGGGACAAACAUUCACUUAACAUUCUAGUCACGUUAGGCUCAAAUUCCCUGCUGGUUGUUCUCAAAUCUUUGAAAUUAUCAGCUUCAGGAGCACCAAAACCGUGAGGAGACAUUACCUUUUUUCUAUGCAUUGGAUGACUCUACUGUCCAACUCCUGUCAUCACUUUGGAUGUGCUGUAAAAGCCCAUCCUUCCCAUGUCUUCUACUCUACUCCACUCCAGGCGAAGGAUGCAGGCCAGAGGACCACCAUUUACAAGAGGGACCCAGACAAGCAGUACGGGCUGAAGAUGAAGACAUCCAGGAGUUUCUUCAGUGAGGUGGAGAGACGCUUCGAUGCCAUGCCCUUCACUCUCAGGUAACACAGACACACAUCAUCCUUUUAGUCAGAACAGGUUAAAUGAGAAAUUGGGGACAAAUGAGGUUGUGUUGACUAACACAAUUGAAGUGAAUUGAUAACACAAUUGAAAUGAAUUGAUUUAAGACAUUGACCACAACCUGUCGCUGUCAUUUAACCAAACUGCUUACAUUCAAUUUGAUUUAGGCUAUUGGUUUCCUCCAACUGAUUCCAUUUUUGUAAUCGAAUGUUUGUUUUUCUCUCUCGCCCUCCUCUAUCCCUCUUUGAUAUUCCUCUUUUUUCCUCCCUCUCUCUCAGGGCGUUUGAGGAUGAGGGUAAGGCUAGGUUAGGUGUGGUGGAGUGUGCCAAACAUGAACUGCUGCAGCCCUUCAACGUUCUGCACGAGAAAGAAGGCAAGUUAAAAUAAAUAACCAGCCGGAGACUAUGAAUUAACUUUUUGUGAAAAUGUGUCAAGUAAUCCCAUGAUGGAUCGCUAAAGGUAUAUUGCAAACGAAAUGUCAUUCUUUGUAAUCCAUUCAUUCAAAGCAGUGUACCGCUUAAACACUACAGUACAAAAUAGUUCCAUAGGGUGAUAUGACCUUGACCAUUUUUACUGACUCCUUUCAUCUGUCUGUGUGUCUAGGUGAGUUUGUGGCCCAGUUCAAGUUCACCGUGUUGCUGAUGGCCAACGGACCCCUACGUAUCACCACAGAGCUGUAUGAGCCGGAGCUGUACAAGUCUGAACACGAGGUAGAGGACGCAGAUCUCAAGGUAAACCAACCAACUGUGGUAGACCGAUGGGCUACUGCUCUGGGGAGCUACACUGGGGCUUCACGAAAACAGUAUGGUUUUUAGCAGCUUUUUGCCAGCGUGAGCAGAGCACGGGCCACUUUAUCAAGUGUUCUUGGGCGUGAGUUGCGUGUCGUAUUCUUGAAAAUAGAACCAGAGCGUAAUUUUACGCUGGGCAACGUGAGCCUCUUGCUUACGCUCAGGUUUCAUGGAAGUGAGUGGGAGCUUCUCAUGCUUGGCAGAAGUUGUGCGUCCAGUGUAGCGUGACUUCUAUAUCCUUUUCCUGUUUAUACCCUGGAGGGAGGGAUGAGGCUAAUUAAACUAAUGUGGCAUUUUGUUAGCUGACUUGGUAUUUUCAGAGUCAUGGUGUACUAAGCUGAGAUUGUUGAUUUUUGUUUUCUCAAAAACCUACCCCUUUUUUUUUUUAGGCCUUACUCCAAAGCUCAGCGAGCCGCAAGACACAGAAGAAAAAGAAAAAGAAGGUAGGAUACGCGUACUGUGAAGUAUUCAGACCCCUUUACUUUUUCCACAUUUUGUUAAGUUACAGCCUUAUUCUAAAAUGGAUUACAUUGAAGAAAAUAACCAAUCUACACACAAUACUCCAUAAUGACAAAGCAAAAAGAGGUUUGCAAAUUUAUUACAAAUAAAAAAAACUGAAAUAUCACAUUUACAUAAGUAUUCAGACCCUUUACUCAGUACUUUGUUGAAGCACAUUUGGCAGCGAUUACAGCAUCGAGUCUUCUUUGGUAUGACGCUACAAGCUUGGCACACCUGUAUUUGGGGAGUUAAGCCCAUUCUUCUCUGCAGAUCCUCUUAAGCUCUGUCAGGUUGGAUGGGGAGCGUUGCUGCACUGCUAUUUUCAGGUCUCUCCAGAGAUGUUAGAUCGGUUUCAAGUCCGGACUCUGGCUGUGCCACUCAAGGACAUUCAGAGACUUGUCCGGAAGCCACUCCUGUGUUGUCUUCGUUGUGUGCUUAAGGUCGUUGUCCUGUUGGAAGGUGAACCUUCGCCCCAGUCUGAGGUCCUGAGCGGGUUUUCAUCAAGGAUCUCUUUUCUUUGCUCCGUUCAUCUUUGCCUCGAUCCUGACUAGCCUUUUGGCAAACUCCAAGCAGGUGGUCAUGUGCUUUUUACUGAGGAGUGGCUUCUGUCUGGCCACUCCAACAUAAAGGCCUGAUUGGUGGAGUGCUGCAGAGAUGGUUGUCCUUCUGGAAGGUUCUCCCAUCUCCACAGAGGAACUCUGGAGCUCUGUCAGCGUGACCAUCGGGUUCUUGGUCACCUUCCUGACCAAGGCCCUUCUCCCACGAUUGCUCAGUUUGGCCAGGCGGCCAGCUCAAGGAAGAGCCUUGGGGUUCCAAACUUCUUCCAUUUAAGAAUGAUGGAGGCCACUGUGUUCUUGGGGACCUUCAAUGCUGUAGAAAUGUUUUGGUACCCUUCCCCAGAUUGGUGCCUUGACACAAUCCUGUCUCGGAGCUCUACGGCCAAUUCCUUCAACCUCAUGGCUUGGUUUUUGCUCUGACAUGCACUGUCAACUGUGGGACCUUAUAUAGACAGGUGUGUGCCUUUCCAAAUCAUGUCCAAUCAAUUGAAUUUACCACAGGUGGACUCCAAGUUGUAAAAACAUCUAAAGGAUGAUCAAUGGAAACAGGAUGCACCUGAGCUCAAUUUCGAGUCUCUUAGCAAAGGGUCUGAAUACCAAUGUAAAUAAGGUAUUUCUUUUUUAAAACAUCUGCAAAAAUUCUGAAGAACAGUUUUCGCUUUGUCAUUAUGGGGUAUUGUGUGUAGAUUGCUGAGGAUUUUUAUUUAUUUAAUCCAUUUUAGAAUAAGGCUGUAACAUUCAAGGGGUCUGAAUACUUUCCGGAGGCACUGUAAAUACAUCCAGGUCUCCCUUGGGAAAGAGGUCUUCUGAACGUAAUGGGACUUCCUGCUUGAAAAAAAAUACACGUUAAUGUGACGUAACUACAUUUUAUAAGAGUUUUGCCUCAAUCUCCAAUCAACUCCUUCCCUUUGUCAAAAGGCUUCAAAGACAGUGGAAACUGAAACAGCACCAGGACAUCCAGCGCCGGUGAAGGUUGAGGAGACCGAAGCUGCGGAAUAAAACCUUCCAACCCCCCCCCCCCCCCCCCCCCCCCCCCAAACCCUGUCUUCGUCUCCAAGAAUACUGACAGACAACUGACCAACCCAAAGAACAGAACAGACAUCAAUUAUCCCUCCAUCCUACCCUCCUAUCCUGACACGCCCGCCUUGUGGUGUGGCCUAGCCUUCUGUGAUGAAUACCUCCAAAUGUAAACGAUGUCAGACUGUACCGGGUGAUGGUGCUGCUCACUCCUAAAUUCAAAUUCCUGUCACAUCCCUUUUCAAUAUCAAUGUCCUUGAGACAGCAGGGUUCUCCCCAGAAUAGUAAGCAUGUUCGGUGCGAUGACACUCAAAGAGAGGGAUAUUGAGUUGAACACAGGCAUUUUCCUGAGUAGAUUCUGUGGGAGACACGUUUAUACCAUCCAGUCAUUGAGCCUUGAACUGUAAUUAUAUAAUGAUGUAUGAAGGCAAAGCAUGACAGUGGAGGGUAUGAUGUGACGGCACUGCAUUGUGCCAAUGAUAAUUGUGUGAAGGAAAACCUUGUUUGAGGUCAUAAGCAAGAAGUCAUGUCUCUGAAAUGGAUGUCAGUGUGUCCUAUUAGAGAAUUAAAAGGGGAGUAACUUGAACCCUCCAUAAAGCCGACUUAACGCUGUUAUAAACCGUCAUGACUGCAAAUGUUAACUGAGUACAUUGUCACACACCUGUUAUUUAAAGUGGAUAAGUCAAUUUCCUAGGGGCAUACCUAGCUAUCUUACCUACAGUAACAGUUUGUGACAUAACUGUCAAGUCCGUUGCCGUGGACGUAUUUUAAAUGGAUUUUUUAGAACGGAGUCGGAUAAGGGGCUUGCUCUCACUGCACACACAGACAUUUGUCACUCUUAUGCCCAAUAAUGGAGGGUUCAGGUGUUCCUAUUAAAUGAUUUGUUCUGUGUAGGACGCCAUAAUUCAUUUCAUACUUCACUAGUACUGCCACAUCUCAAUGAAUUCCACCUAUAUUAAUCAGUGUUUACAUCAGUUUCCAUAGCUGUUUAAUACCUGAUCCUUUCUAUUGUAAAAUAAAUAAUCCCAGUUUCAGAGGCUAUUUUUAGAAUUAUCUAGAUUAGAACCACUACAACGCCGGCAUCAAAUAGCAACUCCAUGAUAUUGAAUUUGGGUGGGGCAACUGACCAAAGGACUAACUAACAAACUGCUGCACCACUAGUUUUUGUGGGGGUUUUCAUUCUGAAUAGGAUAUUCGAGGGAUCCAUCUUUGUGGAAAUGUUUCUUACUAGGUUGAUGACUUUCUAAAAUUGUUCUCAUGAAAGAAAUGAAUCUACUCUUGUAUUGUAAAUGUGUGUGGAUGUAAUUUUUCAAAAGUCCUUAUUUGGGAAGUAAAAGUGGAACUCCUCGCAAUAAAAUUAGGCAUUUAGGAAGGCUUUUGAAAUUGUAAUGUCAGAAUUACAACCCAUCUCAGUGUAACUAUUUUACAUAUUUGACUGAAAAGUAAAUGUCUCAUUAAUUCUGUGAAUAAGAUCCCUUGAUCAUUCCACUAUAAUCAGAUAAGCCUUUUGAAAUAUGGCUAUUCCUUGAUAAACUAAUUUGACAGUUGACAAUUAUGACUGCUGACUGCUGACCCCUGCACUGGAUGUGGAAACCAUACAUGCCUCAAUCAGUAAAACAGAGGUAUUGUCAAUUUAAAAGAAUGUAACAUCAUUCUUUUUUGGGGUUUAGGAAGAGGGAGUUUGCUUUUCUUCAUGGUUUGAAAUAAACUUUAUUAAAACAAAAUA